CCCACCACCGUGCCGACCCGGAAAGAAACACCGCUUUCGCGGUUGCAUUGAAUUCUCGCCCCGUGGGCCGGGGAUUUGGGUUUAAUUUUGCCAGGAAUUCGGUUUUGGGGAAUUUUGUUGCUGGAUUUCUCUCGGCUUUCUCGCUGGAGGUGUCCUGCCCUUAAGAUGUUUGCAUUUUUGGUGAGGCGAUGCUUUAAAAUAACUAGCAAAGUCCAAAAAUUAUCACAGGUUCCAAAUGAUUCAAGAAACAUCACGUCCUAUAAUUUACUGACCCCUUGUCUGCAAAGAAGAUUUAUGACACAUCAAAAUAUCAAGUACUUGCAAAGAUCUCCAUCUUUCUGGACUCAAACAAGCUGCUUUCAUGUGUCCUGUCAAGCAUCCAAGAUAAAGAAAAUGGAGGAACCAGAGAAACGUGAAUUAGACUUAAUAAGAUAUGAUUACAGAGAACUGAAGAACAGUCCCAAACCUGCCCUCUACCUCAGCUAUGGUGGAUUAAUUCCUUUUCUAUCAGCUCCCCUCAUAAUGGCCAUAACAGAGACAUAUUUCCCUGAACUAGCUUUUGCCCAAAUUGCAUAUGGAGCAAUGAUUCUUUCUUUCAUUGGAGGAGCACGUUGGGGAUUUUCAAUUCCAGAAAGCAGCCCUGCAAAACCUGACUGGUUGAAUCUGGGAAAUAGUGUGGUCCCUUCCUUGCUAGCCUGGAUAGCCCUACUCUUACAUGAUAAUCUCACUGAAGCAGCAAUUCUGAUUAUCAUGGGUCUCGGUAUAGCAUUGCAUUAUGACUUAGCCUUACUCCCAGGUUAUCCAAGUUGGUUCAAAGCUCUUCGUGCAGUGCUGACUGUGGUAGCCACAUUCUCUUUAGUUGCCACAUUAGUGAUCAAAAAUACGUACCCUGAGAAAAAGCUAGUGUCAGAUAGAAAAUAAAAUCAUCAAGGUUUUUUUUCAUUUUUCAAAUUGGGUAGCAGCAGAGAGCACUUUUUUUAAAACUGACUCAAAUAAAACUGAUGUACAAUUUUUAGUGCAAACUCAAAAAAUGUUUACUAGCCUUAACUUAACUCGGGUAUCUAAUGUUUAAACAGAUGAUGCAAUCAAUAAUGUCAAUACUGCAAAAUACAAUACUUUGUAAAAUUCCUUCUAUAACAAGUGAUGAUUGACAACUAAUUCAUGACUGUGUUAUAUUUCAGAGGGCGUCUAUCACCUUUUGAAAAUCUAACCAUUGAAAGAUCUCUAAUUAACUUAUACAUUAUAGCUUUUGUGUUUUUUUAGAACUGAUUAUGUAUAAGUAUUGUCAAUUUAUGAUCUGGCAAAGAAAAAGAAAACACAAUAGUGAAUUCUGAAUAAAGGUCUUUGUCAAAGUU